AGAAGAGCAAGACAAGGCCCUUAUCCUCAAGGAACCUUGCCUAGCGAGGAAGAUGAGACAUAUACCUGGGAAAUAGGCAAUAGUUUUAGAAACUGUUGGCCUAUGACCAGGCUUACACUGCUAUUCUACACUGUUACUCACGAUGGGACCCAGCCGACCAGCUUCAACCUGUGUUCAUCUGGCAUCUAGUCACCAACCAGGUGGGAUGAAUGACCCCCGGAGACUUCAGACUCAGACCCAGCUGCAAUUUAAUAGGAAUGUUCCUACACAUUCAAGCAACUUGGCAAUCCAGUAUACUUGCCCACAUGCAAUUAGAAUUGAAAAACUGAAGCACUCUUACAAUGAGUCAUACCAUUGUAAAAAUUUGGAUUUUAGAGAUGGUCCUGACCUAAGCAGUUCUGUUUCAUUUUCUGUCAUCUCAGAAGAAAGACUUAGCUAUGCUGUCCACCUAGCCAAAAGAGAUGUAAAACGAAGGCAAUUUGAAGAACACAUAAGAGAACAUCAUCUCAGAAGUCAGCCCCAAAUCUCUCAGGAAUAUGGACACACUAAGCAUAAAAUAUCUGACCAUAGGGUGGAAAGGAAGGAGUCAAGGAGUCGGGCAGCCUGCCAGUGUGGCCACCAGCCAUCCAGAGCAGAAAUUUCCAGCUCAGGUGCCAAGGUAUACCUGUACACAUCUCACUGGGGACAGUCAGAUCUUACCAUGCCAAAUUUACCACCUACUCAUGAUCCAGGACUUCAGCCAUCUGCCAGAAUAAGUGACCACAAAAGCCUGUGUGAGCACAAGAGCCUGCUGGAAGUUCAGAGACUCCGCAAAGAACUGAGCAGUUGUAUCCAUAAAAUUGAAGAAGUUGCUAAAAGAGAUCGAAUAGACGAUGCUUUGGAUCCAGAUGAAGAACGGCGAGUGCGCGUCAGGAGGCAGGAGCACGCCGUCCGUUCUGCCCGCACUCUCUACGUCCUCCAGCAGCAGGUUAAAGAAAUCCAAGAAGAAUUGGAUAAGUUGAGUCCACAUAAAAUUAAGCACACUAAGAAGUCAUGGGCAAUGUCCAGGCUGGCGGCUGCCCAUCGAGGAGCCAUUCGGGCCCUACAGAUGUUUGUCACUCAGUUUACUGACCGAGGAGAGCACCCAGUUCCUGCUCGGUGCAGGGAACUGGGUAGUCUGAUUCGCCAGCUUUCCCUCUGUUCUGCCAAGCUGGAUGCCGAUUCUUCUGUUCCUGAUGUGGUUAUAGAGAUUCUACAACAAAUCGAGGCUUUGGAAUCCCUUCUGGAAAAGAAACUGUCACCAAAAAAGGUGAAGAAAUGUUUCUCUGACAUUCGAAAUGGAUUUCCUCUUGGUCACCCAAGGGCUUCCGAGACAUGGCAGAGUACAUCCCCGAAGAGCGGGAAGAGAGCCUUUGUAGCCAAGGAGGUGUUUCCUCAGGAAACGAGACGGCCCUCAGUGGCAAAGAGAUUGCUUGCUGAUAAGUACCAAACUGAUAGAGAGCUUCCAGUGACCCAGAACUUGGAAAAUGAGCCUGAUGCAUUAGAUGUAAACAUUCUCCCAGAAGAAGCCCCAUCUAUUCUAGAGCAGAAUACAAGCUUCAAAGAAGAGAUAUUAGCCAUGGCCAAAACAAAAACAGCAAAAAAGAGGCCUGUGGCUGAGAAUCUACCAUCGAAGAAGAAAGAUACUAUGGUACCGGCAAGACUACAGCAAGGACCCUGUAAGACUGAAAAAAGUAGACCAACUCAGUCUCACAGCAAAAGCAGGUUGCAAAAAACAACAGUCUCAUCCAGAUUAAAAAUGAACCAACAGCCUGUAAAAGACCUCAGGACUCCUUGGAUACCUCCAAACCCCACAUCCCCUCCAGCGUCUCCUAAGUGUGCUGCAUGGCUGAGGGUGAAACCUGGAGCUAAAGAUGCCAUAAAAGAACAGUCUCUUCAGCAAGAAGAUGUUCAAGAAGAAAGUCACUUUGGAGGUGCAGUUGAGCAUGAAGCAGCCAGGUCAAGGCAGAACUGGUCUGACUCUUUUGUACUGUCUGCUAGACUUGCUUGGCUUGAUGCUGAAACUUCCAAAAGAUUGAAGGAACUAGAAGAAUUAAAAGCUGAAGAAAUGGGCAAAGUGCAAAAACAGAGACUCGAUUGGCUGGAUGCUGAAACUUCGAGAAGAGCAAAGGAGUUGCAUGAACUCAAAGCUGAAGAAGUGGAUAGACUUCAAAAACUGAGUGUUUCUGCCACCCAGUUAGCAGACAAGGUAGAGAAGGCAGUUCUGGAGCGUUUGAAGCCUCUCCUGGUCAAAGCCCAGAGAGUCAAUUCUUCUGUACAAGCAGAUACUCACUUGAAGGAUCUGCCGUCAGGAGAUGCAUCAACAAGCCAGCCUGCAGAGAAGGCUACAGCUGUUGAUUCUGAGCCCAACAACAUUCAUCAGCUAGAUGAUUUUUUGGAAAAUACCACUCAUGGGCUAUGGGAUAUGACUCACUCUAGGAUCUUGGAGUCUGAAACCUUAGCAGCCUUGGGGGACAGCCCCUAUCUGGAGACCAUGAUGCUCCGAAUGGAGGAAAUGGAAAAAUAUCAGGAGACAGUUCGCCAAAGAUACAAUAAAAUUGUAUAUGCUGACCCCCAUCUUUGGAUUCAGGAAGAAAAAAAUGACCAAAAAAAUCCAGCAAUAAAUGAAAAACCCCUGCCUCCUCACCCAAUCAAGAUCACCAAGACAGCAGCUCGCCAAGAGCCGGACGUGAGCAUCAUGUUAGAACGGCCCAGGAACGGCAAUUCCCUGGAUGAAAGUGUGGGAACAGAGGAGACCUUGGAGAGAAGAGAGCCUCCCCUUCCCGCUCUUGCGGAAGAUUCCCGACAGAGAGAAGGUCGCACUGCCCUCUCUGUCCCCCCGGCGAUGCGGCACAGCAUCGGGGACUACUGCAGCCGUUUCGAGCAGUACCUCCGGAUGAUCUCUCACGAGGCCGUGGGCGCCUUCAACCCCUGGCUGAUCGCCGAAAGCUUUUCAGAAGAGCUGGUAGAUGAAGCUCUGGGGACCGUGGCUGCUGAACUUCAGGAUGUGUGUGAAGAUUACGCAGAAGCUGUGUUCACCUCAGAAUUCUUAGAGGCGGCGCUGUAAAGGCUCCCCGCAGUGGGCCAGCCAGGUCACACUGGGCAGGGCCAGCACCUCCCUGUGUUUUGCCCUCAGGAAAUGUGUAUCCUCAGCUGUCCAUCCAGACUCAAGGUGCUGCCCCCAAAAGGAAGAAAAUGCCAGUGACGUGACGCAGUCCUCGAUUUACAUUUUCUCAUCGUCACAGCGAUGGUACUCGUAGUUUAGGAUGGACACAUUUGUCAAUGCCCUGGAAACGUGAAUUGAUGAUGACAAUAUAAUAUUUUAUGACUGUACAGCUUUCCUAUCGCAGCAUGUUCAUCCACUGGCUCAGUUUGGAGAUGAGAAUGUUUUGAGAGGUAAAAUUGAUGAGUGUUGUUCCCACAGGGACUCAAGUUGCUGUUGAACCCAGGGGUGGCACUGAUGUAGCACAAAUGCGUCACACUCUGCCCCACCGCCUGGCUGAUGUUUCUACCUGAGGCUCUCUGCUUUCAGGACAUCCUUGUCGUUACAAAUGUGUGUAGCACAGAGGUGACCGACGUCACCAGGCCUCAGCUCUCUUGCAGCGUAUUAAAAAUAGGAACCUGUCAGUUAUCAGUGCACAAAAUAACCAUACCUUUCUCUAAUGUUCAAUUCCUGGGUGGCUUUUCACAUGUUUAGUUCCCAUAGUCUUUUAUUGCUAUGAGUUUACAUAUUUUGACAUACAAAACUGUCUUGAAGGCAGAGGCAGCUGAAGGACUCCAGAAGAGGGCAGUUUGUACCUGGUUGAAGCUCAUUUCCUGAUAAGGCCAGAAGUUUCUAGUUUCCACCCCACAGAAGAGCUUUGUGUGGGAAGAGAACAGACCUUGAAGGUGUGACGACCUCUUCCAGAAAACGGAGGCAAUUUAAGAAUCAUAAUAGCUUGGUCCUCGAACUUCUUGUAACUCCUGUCUUACCAAGAGUAAAUAAGCCUGUGU